AGUCUGAUAGCAACAGUAUCAGAUCGCGUUCGUACAAAUUUCCACGACAUCAGAUAACGAUUAACACAAGUGCAAAGUGCAUUCGAUAUCUCGAAAUGACCGGCGUUAAACUAACAGAAGACACAUUCGGCGAAGCCACCGAUUUCAAAGGUCGAAGACAACCAGUCAGGCGAUUCACGUGGACCAACAGCCUCGGAACCACCGUACAAAUCAUUAACUACGGAGGUUACAUAACCUCGAUCAAACUACCGGACAAAACCGGCAAAAUCGACGACAUCACCAUCGGCUUCCACGACAUCCACGGUUACUUGAAACCGGAAAAUCGCUAUUUCGGCGCCACGAUCGGUCGCGUAGCCAAUCGCAUAUCAAACGCCAGGAUGAUUGUAGAGGGCGUUACUUACAAUUUGAACGCCAACAACGGCCCCAACCACUUGCACGGAGGCACCGUCGGAUUCGACAAAGUCUUCUGGGAAGCCUCCGUACGAGGUACCGAAUUAACGUUGAGCUACCACUCCGCCGACGGCGAGGAACAUUACCCGGGCGAUUUGAUCGCCAACGUGACAUUCCAAUUAACCGACCGCAACGAACUGUUGAUCGAUUACAAAGCCGUUACCACCAAAGUGUGCCCCGUCAACUUCACCAAUCACUCCUAUUUCAAUUUGGCCGGCGACGGGGCCGGCGCCGAGGAGCUCUACAAGCACCUGGUUUGCAUAAACGCCGAUAGAAUAACCCAAGUCCGGGACGGUGGAAUACCCACAGGCGAAACCCCGAGCGUGGCUGGAACCGCCUUCGAUUUGAGGGUACCCACGGAGCUGGGACGAGUCAUCGAUGCGGUACCGGAUUCGCCGGGAUUCGAUCACAAUUACUGCGUUUCGAGGGGUGCCGAGCGAGGUAGGGCUUUCGUGGCGAGCGUCUGGCACCCGGGGAGCGGUAGAACCAUGGAGGUGUACAGCGAUCAACCAGGAGUGCAAUUUUACACCGGUAAUUUUUUACCCGAAGGGGAUACGUUGAGAGGGAAAGGAGGUUUCAUCAAGAAACACGGAGCUUUGUGCUUGGAAACUCAAAAGUUUCCGGAUUCCGUUAACAACGAGAAUUUCCCCAGUACCAUUUUGCAUCCUGGUGACCAGUACCAUCAUUCAGUAACGUUUAAAUUCUCCGUUAGAAAAUGAUUAAAUAUCGCAUUUUAACGUUGGUUUCUGUUCGAAUGGAGUGAGGUUAUAAUUUUUAUUUAAAGCGAAAUUGCAUUUUGAUGGGGGGUGGGCCGGACGCCCCGUCGGCACGUCCUUGGAAUAAAUUAUUAAAAACGCAACGGGAGCACCAAUUAUCCGAUUAUUGCGUAUUCAUGUUAGUGAUUUAUAACGUCCGAUAUAUACGAGGCAGAUGCGCCGAUCGCGAUCGUAAUUAUUACGAGAACUCGUUUCAUUCUUGCCGAGAACGGUUUUUAAUUUUACUCCUGCGGAACUCCAUUCAGUUUACAGUCGGUCAUCUAAAAGAUGCACCUUGCGCACCAGUUCGAAAUACUUCGAUAAUUUCUAGUCACCCGAUCGAGUUUCACUCCACUUUGUUAACGGUUAACGAUGUAUUAGCAGGCGUACUUCCUGCGCGUUAACUUCCUGCUAUUGUUCGGUCGCGGUACCCCCUUUUAUUCUUUGUACCCGUACAACGGAUGGAUCGCCCGAGUUAAGUUAAUGAACAAAAAACGAAUUUACCAUCAGCGCUAUAAGCUAUAAAAAAAAAUUCAAUCCUCCUGCUACUCGCGGUUAAUUGUUUUCGCCCGGCAGGAGCGACUUCUGGUCGGGCGCAAAAGAGAAAUCAUAUCGCACUUUGUUUUUCUUAUUUUUUUUUUAUCGCGUCCGUUUCGAGCGUACGACGGGUACCAACGCCCAAUUAAAUUCGUUUCGAAAGGCGAUCGUUAAUGGUACGGUUUAAUUUGCAUAAAAUGAUACACCACAUUACAGAUGUCGC